AUGUCCGGCCUCCGCUUCCUCGAUCUCAUUAAGCCUUUUACGCCCCUCCUCCCCGAGGUGGCAGCGCCCGAGUCCAAAAUCCCCUUCAACCAAAAGUUGAUGUGGACAGGAUGUACCCUCUUGAUCUUCCUGGUCAUGAGCCAGAUGCCUCUCUACGGUAUUGUCUCGUCAGACACGUCGGAUCCCAUCUACUGGUUGCGUAUGAUGUUGGCCAGUAACAGGGGCACUUUGAUGGAAUUGGGUACCACGCCCAUCAUUUCCUCAGGCAUGGUCUUCCAGCUUCUCGCUGGCACUCACCUCAUCGACGUCAACCUCGACCUCAAGUCCGAUCGUGAGCUAUACCAAACCGCACAGAAGCUCUUCGCCAUCAUCCUCUCCUUCGGCCAAGCCUGCGUUUUUGUCCUCACGGGUCUCUAUGGCCAGCCUAGCGAUCUUGGUGCUGGCAUCUGCCUCCUGCUGAUUGUCCAGCUCGUCCUCGCCGGGCUUGUGGUCAUCCUGCUUGAUGAGCUGCUACAGAAGGGAUACGGUCUGGGUUCCGGCAUUUCCCUAUUCAUCGCCACAAACAUCUGCGAGUCCAUUGUAUGGAAGGCCUUUUCCCCGACCACAAUCGAUACCGGCCGCGGGAAAGAAUUUGAGGGCGCAGUGAUCGCGCUCUUCCACCUGCUGGUGACAUGGCCUGACAAGACCCGCGCUCUCCGCGAAGCUUUCUACCGCCAGCAUCUCCCCAACGUCAUGAACCUGCUGGCCACCCUCACAGUCUUCGCUGCCGUCAUCUACCUCCAGGGCUUCCGCGUCGAAAUCCCGGUCAAGUCUUCCCGCCAGCGCGGCAUGCGUGGCUCCUACCCCAUCCGCCUCUUCUACACCUCCAACAUGCCCAUCAUGUUGCAGUCCGCCCUUGCCUCCAACAUCUUCAUGAUCAGUCAGAUGCUGUACACCCGCUUUUCGGACAACCUUCUCGUCAAGCUCAUCGGCACGUGGGAACCCAAGGAAGGUUCAUCUCAGCUGUACGCCUCCAGCGGCAUCGCGUACUAUAUGUCCCCACCACUGAACUUCACCGACGCACUCCUCGACCCGAUCCACACGGUCAUCUACGUUACCUUCAUCAUCGUCACCUGCGCCGUCUUCUCGAAGACGUGGAUUGAAGUCUCUGGCUCCGCACCCCGGGACGUGGCAAAGACGCUCAAAGAACAGGGGCUCGUUAUGGCCGGGCACCGUGAGCAGUCCAUGUACAAGGAGUUGAAGAGGGUCAUCCCCACAGCGGCGGCGUUUGGUGGUGCGUGUAUCGGUGCCUUGUCCGUGGCGAGCGACAUGCUUGGUGCAUUGGGUAGCGGCACGGGUAUAUUGUUGGCAGUCACCAUCAUCUACGGAUACUUUGAGAUCGCGGCCAAGGAGGGAGAUUUCGGCCAAGGCCUGAAGGGCUUGAUUGCCUAG